UGCUAAUGAACACAUCGUCUAGGCAAGCAUUCUAUAUCACUAGCAAAUUUGUUGGCGUUUCUAGUCGCGCGCAAAACUCAAUAGAACAACAAGGUCGCGUGAUCAUUUACCACAGGUCAAUUUCCAUAGUCUACUGCGGCGGACUGGCAGUGCCCUUUCGUCGCUAUUUGGUGUGUAAUGAAGUCUGGAGACGGACAACAAGAUGAGAGCCAUCGCAAGUUGCUCGAGAACAACAAGAAAGGACACAACGCAGAUAUGCAUGGGUCGAGUGGGAAUGGAUCUGUUCUCUCCUUCCACGAUGUCACAUACAGUGUGCGUGUGAGAGAGAAAGGAUGUGCGUGCUGUGCAAGAUACAAUACGAAGAAGAUACUCAAAGAAAUCAGUGGAAUCAUGAAGCCAGGCAUGAAUGCUAUUCUUGGACCAACAGGAAGUGGGAAGACAACGCUUCUCGAUCUUCUUGCUGGAAGAAAGGAAACUGGAACAAUAUUUGGUGAAGUACUAUUGGAUGGUUUUACUCUACCCGAGGACUUCAAAUGUAUGUCAGGAUAUGUUGUGCAAGAAGAUAUUGUGAUGGGAACAUUAACUGUUAGAGAAAACCUUCAUUUUUCAGCUGCACUUCGACUGCCAAAGAGUACAACUGGUCAUCAAAGAAGUGCCCAAGUUGAAACUAUUUUGUUAGAUUUAGGAUUGACACAAGUAGCAGAUUCAAAGGUUGGCACAGAGUUUAUAAGAGGUAUAUCAGGUGGCGAACGAAAAAGAACAAACAUUGGCAUGGAACUGAUCAUAUCUCCAUCUGUAUUAUUUCUCGAUGAACCCACCACUGGCCUGGAUGCCUUCACUGCAGUGUCUGUUAUGAAGCUGCUAAGCACCCUUUCUAAACGAGGCAAGACUAUAAUUUUCUCUAUUCAUCAACCACGUUAUGCAAUAGUAAAGUUGUUUGACUCACUCACUUUGCUGGGAAAUGGGCAGACGGUCUAUCAUGGACCAUCAGCCAAAGCGCUCACCUACUUUGAGCAAAUGGGCUAUGUUUGUGAGCAACAUGACAACCCUGCUGACUUUUUUCUGGAUACGAUUCAAAGUGUCACUGUUGCAGAAGAGGGAAACGACAAAAGAGACCUUUCUCUUGCUGUCAAAUAUCAGUCAUCAGAAUAUGCACAAGAAGCCCAAAGGGAACUUGAUGCAAUACAGGAUUGCCAUCAGAUAAACACGAGAGAAGCAAGCCCAGCAUAUUUUCAAAGUGCUGGGUAUCCUACUAGCCGCCUCUUCCAAUUCUGUAUCAUCAGCAAGAGAACGGUUCUCAACAUCAUUCGAACUCCAUCAACGUCAAUCAUGCAGGUGCUAAUCAAUAUAAUUUUUGGAAUUUUUGUUGGAGGCAUCUACUACCAGAUGAGUGACAGUGCAAAAGACGGACUUCAGAACAGAGUUGGAGCUCUUUUCUUCAUCGUAAUGAACAUGAUCUUUGCCAACAUGGCUGCAGUUGAACUCUUCCUUAAACAGAGAUUGAUUUUCAUGCAUGAAUCAGUCAGUGGGUAUUACCGUGUGUCGUCCUACUUCAUUGCCAAAAUUGUGUGUGAUAUGAUUCCUUUACGAGUGAUCCCCGUCAUCACCUUUUCCAGCAUUGUGUAUUACAUGAUUGGUUUGCAGAGUGAUAUAGAAAAAUUCUUUAUUUUUAUAUUGACUCUUCUCCUCACAUCACUAGCAGGAUCAGCACUUGCCUUCCUGUAUAGUUCUUUGGUGAGCAUUCAAGCAUUAGCAACUCUGUUCUUAGCCCUCACGUUUGUCUUGAUGAUGGUGUUUGGAGGAUUACUGGCUAAUCUGACAACAAUACCAGUAGUUCUUCGUUGGUUGAAAUAUUUGAGUAUUUUUCGAUAUGCUAUGGAGGCAUUAGAGAUCAAUGAGUUGGAUGGGAUGCUGUUCUGCAACAAAGCAGACAAAAUCAACAAUACAUGCAUCUAUCCACACCCCAAUGUGACCUCUGGAACGUUGUAUCUGGAAUCACAAGGUUUCUAUCCACCAGAUCGACUGUGGUUUGCCUUACUGGCUCUUGGCUGCUUCAUUGUUGGACUGCUGGUGUUGACCUAUCUAAGGCUCCGAUUCAUGAGAAAAACUCGAUAAACUGACAUUGAUGUGUAAAUUUGAUUGAAUGACAUAAAUGCAUGUGGCAAAAAUAA